AUGGCAUACGUGUUAACCGGGAACCUAUUGACCGCAAAAGCGGUGUUCAUUACAAUGGCUCUGUUCAAUACUCUUAGGACUACUUUGAUGACACUGUUUCCCUACGCCAUCGCCCAAUGGGCUGAACUGACGGUGUCGUGCUCUCGCAUCCAGACAUUCUUGGAAUUGGGGGAAAUGGAGCCUAAAACAUAUAACACUAAAGGUUUUGGUGAUUUAGCUGCCUUUCCCAAAACAAAUGCAAAACCAAAAGUAAUUGUCAAUAAUAUAUCCGCCAAAUGGAGUGAAGGCAGUCCUUAUGAAACAAUUCAAAACAUUUCAUUCAAUAUAAAACCUGGAGAUCUAUUAGCGGUGAUUGGACCGGUAGGUUCGGGAAAGAGUUCAUUAAUCAUGUCUAUACUUAAUGAGCUACCGGUGCUCGAGGGAAGUAUACAAACGGUGGGCACCAUUAGCUAUGCCUCUCAGGAGGCCUGGAGUUUCAAUAAUAGCGUCAGAAAUAACAUACUAUUUGGCAGUGAAUACGAUGAGCACCGGUAUAGACGGGUAGUCCAUGUUUGUGCUCUGGAAAGGGAUCUCCAGAUAUUCCCCUUCGGAGACAAGACAUUAGUCGGAGAUAAAGGG